AUGUUGCGCAUCUUUAUAAGGAGAAUGUGUUCUACUCCCAAGACUAUAAGUACGCCUAUACCAGUUUUUGGCGUUGAAGGAAGAUAUGUAGCUGCACUCUACAGUGCUGCAUCACAAAUGAGCCAAUUGGACGAAGUGGAAAAAAGUCUUCGAAGUUUGCUCACAGAAUUAGAUAAACCUAAAGUUCGUGACUUUUGUGAAAGUAGUAUGAUAUCAUCCGCUGAAAAGUCAAAGCUCUUGCAGGAAGUAGGCGAACAAACAGGUAUGCCUAAAGCAACUAUAAAUUUUCUGGGUCUUGUUUCUGAAAACGGACGAUUAAAAAUGUUGAAGAAGAUGAUAAAUUUAUUUAAUAACGUAAUGGUAGCACACAGAAAUGAAGCUUUAUGUGAAGUUAUCACCGCUAAAGCCUUGGAUGAUACAUCACGUAAAGCUUUGGUGGACGCCUUAAAAAAGUUUGUUAAAGGUGACAAGAAAAUACAAAUGACAGAAAAAGUUGAUCCAACCAUAAUAGGGGGAGUUAUCGUUGGAAUAGAAGAUAAACACAUUGACUUAAGUAUCUCAAGAAAAUUACAAAUGUACACGGAUCUAUUAAAACAAUCCAUUUAA